AUGAUCUUCCAGCCAAGCCCCAUCUGGAACAUACCUCAUGGAGUUGAAAGCUGUCGUUGGAAAGAGCCAAAGAGGGGACUCCAUAGAGCCAGAGCCACAGCCACAGCUGCCCCUGGCAAGCCCUGGGCAGCAGGACACCAAGGUGCCUGCAGGUUGGCUAUCUUCUUCAACAUCACCAUCACCAUCUUCAACAUCACUAUCAUCAACAUCACUAUCACCAUCAUCCUCUUCAACAUUACCAUCAGCAUCUCCAACAUCAGCAUCUCCAACAUCAACAUCACCAUCUUCAACAUCACCACCAUUAACAUCACCAUCAUCCUCUUCAACAUCACCAUCAGCAUCUUAACAUCACCAUCACCAUCAUCAUCAUCAACAUCACCAACAUCAACAUCACCAUCUUCAACAUCACCAUCACCAUCUUCAACAUCACCAUCAUCAUCACCAUCAUCCUCUUCAACAUCACCAUCAGCAUCUCCAACAUCAACAUCACCAUCUUCAACAUCACCAUCAUUAACAUCACCAUCACCGUCUUCAAUAUCACCAUCAGCAUCUUCAACAUCACCAUCACCAUCAUCAUCAUCAACAUCACCAACAUCAACAUCACCAUCUUCAACAUCACCAUCAUCAUCACCAUCACCAUCUUUAACAUCACCAUGACCAUUACCACUACCAUCUUCAACAUCACCAUCACCAUCAUCAUCAUCAACACAACAUCAUCACCAUCAUCAUCUUCAACAUUAUCAUCACCACCACCACCAUCAUCAACAUCAUCAUCACCAUCACCACCAUCAUCAACAUCACCAUAAUCACCAUCACUAUCACCAUCUUCAACAUCACCAUCACUAUCACCAUCAUUGACAUUGCUGUCAUCACCAUCACCAUCUUCAACAUCACCAUCACCAUCAUGAUCUACUGGGUGCCCAGGAAGGGGUGAGCAGCCAUCUGGAGGAAUCUACCUUGAUGAUGAGGUUUGGUAUUUUUACAGAACAGGAGAACAUAAUUUCUAGUAGUAGACAUGCCAGGGACAUUGACCAUCAGAGGACUGAGUGCUUUCUUUUCUAAGCUAGCAAAGGGGAAAAAAUUUCCUGAUAUUAGAAUUAUCUCCACCUCUACUCUCCCAGAAGGCUGUACUUGUUACCUUCAAAAAGUAACCCUUGUCUCUCUGAAAUGUUCCCAGAUAAGACAUUAUCUCUUCCUCUUCCUUCAUUUCAUAGCUUCUCACUGUAUUUUCACAUGGAAUGUACACAAUUGUAGGCUGGAUAUUUUCAGGCUAUAACUCUGGCAACAGUCUUAGUUCUUGAAACAGCAGAUUUACAUCAGAUAGACCCAAGCUUGCCCCUCUCUCUCUCUCUGAUUCUUAUUGAAAUAGCUUUUGC